CUUUACCAAUAAAAUGUAUGAUGAGAAAACAAUCAAUUGAGCAUUAAGAUAUUACUUUUUAUUUAUUUUUAAAUGCAUUUUCUGUUUCUGCUUUUACUUCUUUUUUGUUUUUGAUUUUGUUUUUAUUUGGUUUAUUCAUUAUUUUUUUUGAUAAAAAGAGAAAAACAAGUGAGGGUGGCAGGGUUUGGGGAGGUUUUAGAAUUUUGAAAAGAGUGGCGAUAUACUUGUCUCCUUACUGAGCUAGCCUCCGCCCUCAUAUUUUGUGUACUAUAUAAAGUCGCCAUUUCUUCUUCACAUACACCCCAUUCUUCGCUCAUGCUCUUUUCUUUCUCUUAAGAAAAAAGAAACGCCUUUUAUUGGAUAAGAUUGUUUCGUUUCAUACUAUUCUUAAUUUGAGAACCCAAGUCUUUUCCUUUUAGAAUAGGUGAAGAAAUGAAGUACGUGUUGGUGACAGGAGGAGUUGUUAGUGGGCUCGGUAAAGGAGUCACUGCCAGCAGUAUUGGUCUUAUUCUUAAGGCCUGCGGUCUUCGUGUUACCUCCAUUAAGAUUGGUCUUGCUUUUUCCCUCAUUCUUCUUCCAUCUCAUUUCUAAAUCAACAAUGCACCAAAUAAUCCAUACUGCUUUCUUGUGUUAGAGAGCGACCUCAUGCUUGUAUAUGUAAAAAAAAUAAAAAUUCUUUUAAAAAUAGAAAGCUAGCUCAAUGACUUUCAUUAUUUGUAUAUGGUAUACACUUUAUGAAAUCAGACAUUGUUGGAUAAAUGAUUGAGGGGAAUUCUGAUGGUAGAAGAAUAUGCUGUGUUCUCCACUCAGAUCGCAACCCGCUCCUACUUUGAAGAGAAAAAGUUAUUUUCCUUUUGGCUGUUCUCUAGUAAACUGAACUAUUGUCUCUGCCGAUAAGACACCGGAAAUCUUUAAGAUGGCGUUUCUCUAAUGAAUAGUUUUGGUCAAGACUUCAAAUCCUUAUUUGAACACUGAUGCUGGCACAAUGUCUCCUUUCGAGCAUGGAGAAGUGUAUGUCUUGGAUGAUGGUGGAGAGGUGGACCUGGACCUUGGAAACUACGAGCGUUUUCUAGAUAUUAAGUUGACCGGCGACAACAAUAUAACUACUGGGAAAAUUUAUCAGUCUGUUAUUGAUAAGGAGAGAAAAGGGGAUUAUUUGGGAAAGACUGUUCAGGUUGUCCCUCACAUUACAGAUGCCAUUCAAGAGUGGAUAGAACGUGUGGCUGUCAUACCAGUUGAUGGCAAGGAUGGCCCACCAGAUGUUUGUGUCAUAGAACUGGGUGGCACAAUAGGAGAUAUUGAAUCAAUGCCAUUUAUUGAAGCAUUAGGACAAUUCUCAUAUCGUGUAGGUGCUGGUAAUUUUUGCUUGAUACAUGUUAGCCUUGUUCCUGUUUUGAGUGUAGUUGGUGAGCAGAAAACAAAACCUACUCAGCACAGUGUUAGAGGUUUGAGAAGCCUGGGAUUGACUCCCAACAUAUUAGCAUGCCGGAGCACAACGGAACUAGAAGAGAAUGUCAAGGAGAAAAUUUCCCGGUUUUGCCAUGUCCCGCUAGAUAACAUUAUUACUCUUUAUGAUGUCUCAAAUAUUUGGCGAGUUCCUUUGCUUUUAAGAGAUCAGAAGGCGCAUGAAGCAAUUCUCAAAGUUCUGAAUCUAAAAGGUGUUGCACAAGAACCUGCUUUGGGAGAAUGGACAUCUCGGGCUGCACUCUGUGACAAGCUACAAGAGCCUGUUAGAGUAGCCAUGGUAGGAAAGUACACGGGGCUUUCAGAUGCAUACCUCUCCGUACUGAAGGCUCUUGUGCAUGCUUGUGUAGCUUGCCACAGGAAACUUUGUGUAGAUUCGAUUGCAGCCAGUGACCUUGAGGAUGAAACUUCUAGAGAGAAUCCUGAGAAUUAUAAAAGUGCUUGGAAGUUGUUGAAGGGGGCAAAUGCUAUCCUAGUUCCUGGGGGAUUUGGUGACAGAGGUGUGGAGGGUAAAAUCCUCGCUUCUAGAUAUGCCCGUGCAAACAGGAUUCCGUUCCUUGGCAUAUGUCUAGGAAUGCAAAUUGCUGUAAUUGAGUUUGCUCGAUCCAUUCUUGGAUUGCUAGACGCAAACAGUACAGAAUUUGAUCCCGACACUCAGAAUCCUUGUGUCAUUUUUAUGCCAGAGGGUUCAAAAACUCAUAUGGGUGGUACAAUGCGUCUUGGAUCUAGGAGAACAUAUUUUAAAGUUGAGGAUUGUAAAUCUGCAAAAUUAUAUGGCAACCAGAGCUUUAUAGAUGAGAGGCAUCGACACAGAUAUGAGGUGAACCCCAACAUGGUGCAGCAACUUGAAGAUGCUGGUCUUUCUUUCACUGGCAAAGAUGAAAGUGGUCACCGCAUGGAGAUUGUUGAGCUACCAAAUCAUCCUUACUUCAUUGGAGUUCAAUUUCAUCCAGAAUUUAAAUCAAGGCCAGGAACCCCUUCUGCCCUGUUCCUAGGGCUUAUAGCCGCAGCAACUGGGCAACUCGAAACUUUGUUGAAGAAGGGCGUUCCCAAAACAUGGAGUUUGAGCAAUGGUACGUCUGGACUAAAAUCACAUCGAUAUGUAAAUGGGACAAAGAUGGCUAAUGGAUCAUUAGAUGGCAUUUAUUGCAACGGGAAUGGUAUACAUGUCUAAAGGAAACAGUAAUAUACGUUGUGAGCGCUUGCCCCUGGAUUUCUAAUUGGUCAAAUUUUGCUACUGUAUUUGUUCUGUUGGUAUGUAUAGCCAUACUAGAGCAGUAGGUUUUGAGCUUCUUUAUUUAGGGUAGAGCGAGAUUCCGAUCUUUUAUACGGAACAUCCUGUUGUAGCUCCAGCACACUGGUGGUGGAAAUGGGCUAUUACAUUCAAAUCUAUGUUUGUUAUUCCAUCUGCGAUGGUACAUUAGAGUGCCAGAGAAGAUUGAAGACUGGUUUGUCCAGUUUUAUAUUCAGCUAAAUAGCUUGUGUAGUAUGAAAUGAAAUGGCUAAAUGGCUACACGUAGUAGCAGGAAAGCUGGAUAAAACUUGCGACUGUAAACCAGCAAAAUAACCGGCUGAAUAGAAUGUGUUUUUGGUUAUCUGGUUCUUUUUCCAUUCCAUGGUAUGAAUCCUGUUUUUCACUCCUCA